ACAAAUGUCUCAGCCGCAGCCGGCUGGCUGCAUCCUUCUCACGUUCCUGGGUCUACUUGGGCUGGUUGGUGCCGUCACCAGGACAUACUACAUUGGGGUUGUGGAAGAAUACUGGAACUAUGUGCCUCAGGGGAAGGAUGUCAUUACUGGGAAGAGCUUCUCAGAAGACAAACUUGCAACCUUGUUUCUCGAACGAGGGCCCAACAGAAUAGGCGGCAUCUACAAGAAGGCGGUUUAUAGACACUACACAGAUGGGAGCUACUCCACGGAGAUCCCCAAGCCCCCCUGGCUGGGCUUCCUCGGUCCCAUCCUGAGGGCAGAAGUGGGUGAUGUGAUCGUUAUCCACCUGAAGAACUUCGCUUCCAGACCUUACUCUUUGCAUCCGCACGGUGUUUUCUACAACAAGGAUUCGGAAGGAGCCUUAUACCCAGAUGGGACAUCUGGAAAGAACAAGGAUGAUGACAUGGUCCCCCCUGGCCAGAACUACACCUAUGUCUGGCCGGUGAGAGAAGAGUACGCACCCGCCCCAGCAGAUGCCAACUGCCUGACCUGGGUGUACCACUCGCACAUCGAUGCCCCUAAGGACAUUUGCUCUGGGCUAAUUGGACCCUUGCUGGUGUGUAAGGAAGGUGUACUGAACAGGUACUCAGGGAUGAGGACCGAUGUGGACCGAGAGUUUGUCAUCAUGUUCACUCUUGUGGAUGAGAACCAGAGCUGGUACCUGGACGAAAACAUCAGGCAUUUCUGCACUGAGCCGAAUUCCGUUGAUAAGACUGACGCUGUUUUCCAGAGGAGCAAUAAGAUGCAUGCCCUCAAUGGAUUCCUUUUUGGAAACUUCCCCGAGCCUGAGAUGUGUGUUGGUGAAUCUGUGUCCUGGCACCUGUUUGGGAUGGGGAAUGAGAUAGACAUCCAUUCCAUCUAUUUUUAUGGUAACACCUUCAUCACCAGAGGGCACCGGGCAGAUGUUGUCAACCUGUUUCCAGCCACCUUCCUCACCACGGAGAUGAUAGUGGAGAAUCCAGGGAAAUGGAUGAUAACCUGCCAAGUCAGUGACCAUCUACAAGCUGGUAUGCUGGGCCAGUACGACGUGGGUAACUGCAGAAGUAAUGUCCCUCACCUGAAGAUGCAGGGUCAGCAGAGACACUACUUCAUAGCAGCAGAAAAGGUCCUUUGGGAUUAUGCUCCCCAAGGCUAUGAUAAGUUCACCGGGUUUCCUCUGAAUGCAUCUGGCAGUGACUCUGCAGCGUACUUCACACAAGCUGAAAACAGAAUAGGAGGACAGUACUGGAAGGCUCGCUACACGGAAUAUGUUGAUGCCUCCUUCAGUAGAAGAAAGAUGCCUUCUGAGACCCAGGACCAUCUUGGAAUCCUUGGUCCAGUUAUCAAGGCAGAGGUGGGCGACACCCUGCUAGUGACCUUUGCCAACAAAGCUGACAAGGUCUACAGCAUUUUACCCCAUGGUGUGUUCUAUGACAAGGCAUCAGACGCAGCUCCCAAUGUAGAUGGAUUUCUGAAACCAGGAGCUCAUGUCAAGCCAGGCGAAACCUUCACCUACAAAUGGACAGUGCCGGAGAGCGUCAGUCCGACAGAUGAGGAUCCCCCCUGCCUGACCUAUCUUUACUUCUCAGCAGUCCAGCCAAUCAAGGACACCAGUGCUGGGCUCGUGGGACCUUUGCUGGUCUGUAAAAAGGGUGCCCUCAAUGCUGAUGGGACACAGAAAGGAAUAGACAAGGAAUUUUACCUGCUGUUCACAGUCUUUGAUGAGAAUCUCAGCGGGUAUCUCGAUGAAAACAUCCAGAAGUUUACUUGGCGCCCCUUCAGUGUCAACAAGGAAGACAAGGAGUUUGUGAAGUCCAACAGGAUGCACGCUAUCAACGGCUACAUGUAUGGCAGCCAGCCAGGACUGAGCAUGUGCAAGAAGGACAGAGUCUCUUGGCACUUGAUUGGGAUGGGCACCGACACAGACAUGCACGGAGUUUAUUUUCAAGGCAACACCAUCCAUCUACGAGGGACACAUCGUGACUCCCUGGCUCUGUUUCCCCACAUGGCCACCACGGCAUUCAUGCAGCCGGACCAUGCAGGUAUUUUCAAGGUGUUCUGUUCCACCUUGCACCAUUUCGUGAGAGGCAUGGGUCAGAUCUAUGAGGUCAGCAGCUGUGGCAACAGGGACCCUUCUGAGCCACCCUACGGGAUGCUAAGAACCUUUUUCAUCGCCGCUGAAGAGGUAGAAUGGGAUUAUGCCCCUAACAAAAACUGGGAGUUCGAAAAGCAGCACUUGGACGCUGGAGGGGAAAGACAUGGGGACAUAUUUAUGAACCACACUGAAAACUGGAUCGGCUCUCAGUACAAGAAGGUGGUUUACAGGGAAUACACAAAUGGAGAAUUUGUGGAGAUUAAAGCCAGGCCACCGAGAGAGGACCACCUACAACUCCUGGGCCCAAUGAUCCAUGCCGAGGUGGGGGACUCCAUCCUCAUCAUCUUUAAGAACAAAGCCAGUCGGCCUUACUCCAUCACAGCCCAGGGUGUGGAGGACUCGGACAGUGGGAAGCGUCUCGAAGUGCCUGUUACACAGCCAGGAGAAAUAAAAACUUACAGGUGGAAUGUCCCCAAGAGAUCAGGUCCUGGACCCUCUGAUCCUAAUUGUAUCCCGUGGGUAUACUAUUCAACAGCAAACUUUGUGAAGGAUACAUACAGUGGCUUGAUGGGGCCUCUCAUCACAUGCCGAGAAGGGGUGUUGAAUGAAAAGGGAAGGAGAAGUGACGUGGAUUACGAGUUUGCUCUGCUAUUCCUGGUGUUUGAUGAGAAUGAAUCAUGGUAUCUGGAUGACAAUAUUAAGAAGUAUCUCAACAAAGAUCCACGAGAUUUCAGGCGCACCGAUGAUUUUGAAGAAAGCAACAAGAUGCACGCCAUUAAUGGCAAGAUAUUUGGAAACCUUCCUGGUCUCAUAAUGACAGAAGACACAAUGACUAACUGGUAUUUGCUGGGAAUAGGAAGCGAGGUGGACAUACACACCAUCCAUUACCACGCAGAGAGCUUUCUGUUCAAGAUAGACAAUUUCUACCGAGAAGAUGUGUAUGAUCUCUUUCCUGGGACAUUUCAAACCAUUGAGCUGUUUGCUGAUCACCCAGGGACAUGGCUGCUGCAUUGUCAUGUAUCUGACCACAUUCAUGCCGGCAUGGAGACCACCUACACUGUCCUCAGGAACAUAGACAACAGGACUCCAUAUUCUACCAAGUCCCCUUCUGGAGCAGGAUCUCAUGUAGUCACUGUGCCCUCCAAAGAACAACCCGGCAAGGAAGACCUCUAUUUCUUUGGCAAGAAUCUGCGCCCUAGAGGAGCCAAGGCAGCCCUGGUCAUCCUCUUCAUCCUGGGGCUCCUGCUUCUGGUCGCCACUGUGAUUCUCUCCCUCAGACUUCGCUCUGCACAAAGGCAGACAGCUUACAGGGAAGUCCAGUCCUGUGCACUCCCCACAGAUGCUCUGUGAAUGCUCCGGCCUUCUCGGCAGAGAGCGGUCAGGCUCUGUGACUGGCCGCAGAGUGGCCAACAGGGACACUGGACCAAUGCAUUGUUCACCAAGGAACUUCGACCCUGUAUCCUAGAUCAGGCCUCUGAGCCUCUGGAAUGCCAUCUAAAGCAAUGUGCUUUUAUUUAUUUAUUUAUUUUAACGGCUGUGAAUGAUUCUCAGGUAGAAAAUACACAAAAAAGGAGAACGCACUGGCUUGAGAAGGGCCAGCCACCAGUCUGUUUUGUGCACAACUCACUCGGGGGGGGGGUGCCCUCUGAGAGAUACUUUCAUGGCUUUAAAUUGAAUGGUGCUUCCUCAGCUAGUCACCAAGGUUUCUAGAUGGGAAGUUCUUAGGGGGUAUGAGAGAGCUUCAGACAUCUGUCUGUCUAGAAUCACACUAACGUGCGAAAUCAUCCCCUCAGCCAUUCCAGGGCGAACAACUUUCUGAGGAGUUGGUGGGAAUGUCCAAGUCAGUAUGAGCUGAUGGGAAUGGACCACAUGAGUCUCUCUGAGGCUUCCAGUAGCUCUCCAGGCCUUUCCCCCUCUGAUGCAGAGAGCCUGUGCAUUGUCUGUGAUACAAGCCAAAGUUAUAUGGUUAUUUAUUUCAUUGCUGCUGUUUUUAAUCCAACCUGUAGGAAUACUUGAACGUUUACAAUUCACUUCAUGCUACAUUUUUAUCACGUGUCUCCGUGGCUUCGUCUAUUUUCAAAACUCAACUAAUGGGUUCUUAUUUCAGGAUGAGGGAGGGCUAGAACCAGUGAAGGAGCAGGCGUGGCUUCUUCAGUGUAAGCCAGAGACUCCCUGUCAGGGCUUGAACCCUCAGUCUGACUUUUCAUUCAUUUGGGGGGCAUUUUUCCACAUCUCCAUCUUCUGUGAAAGUUACAGUUUCAUCAUGUGAGGGACGGCAGGAGGCAUACAUCAAUCAAUGCGACUGACUGGCUGGAAAAAUCUCUUAAAAUCCUGUAUUCCAUGCUUGUUAAAGACAUAGCCUUGAGAGGAUGGAGGCAGCUAGAAAAGGUAGUCCCGGUGGCUACUAAACCAUUAGAUCCGUUUUUGAAAUAAGUAUUAUAGCUGCCAAGACUCACGCAAUCAGGAAACAAUGAACAAAGCUAAGGAGGAAAGGACAGGGUGCAUCCUCUCCUAGGGACCCUAGAGGUUCGAUGUAAGAUUGGUGAAAGCAACAUUGUUUAUUACUAGGCUGGGAAUCUACCUUGGCUCAGGACAAGCUGCCCUGGGAUGCUGUGGCCAGACACAUGAUGUGAGACCUGCCUUAGCAGUGGGUCACUUGAGUGUCCAGGUGAACGAGUAGGAUCUAAUAAAUACUCUGGUGAAGGGAUCUCUCGUGCUUUAUUUUAAUCUUCUUGGUGAGGGGAAACUGACAGAAACCGCAGUCUUACAUAAGCCGGAUGCUACUGCUAAUUCUGUUUGUAGUCUGCCUGAACACCUUGUCAAACAGGGCAUCCAUGCGACUUUGAAUUCUGACCCGCUAACCACUGACAGUGUGAUUUUGUGGCUUCUUGGAGUUCAUGAUUGGUAGGCUGAAUGAUUACAUGAGAAGUAUGGUGAGCACCUACGGCUUUCCUUUAGUAAGUCAAAAACUUGUUUAGUUGUGAAAAUCCUUUUUUCCUUUUUCACUUAUUUUUUUUAAAUGAAAACAAACCACAAAGUAGUUUUGUUGCACUAUUUCUCUUUUUAAUAAAGUUUCAUAUAU